AUGCUUCUCCUUAAUACGGACGAUCAACGCGCUGAAGUUUCAUCAAAGUUAUCUGAAACAUAUGAUUGGUUAUAUGAAGAAGGCGAGAAAGCUGAAACUGAUGAGUUAAGAAUGAACGCUUCUCAUAAUCUCAAGUUAGUAGGAUUUCUUUAUAUCAUGUUUAAUUAA